AAGUAACCUCCCACGAAGAAGAAGAGACGGAUGUAACCGGAUGUAAUAAUGUGAUGUUGACUGGCUCUCACUAAAAAACAAACUAAAAAAAGAUUGUGAAAACCAAUUGUGAUGUCGCUUCUGCUGCUUUGUGUUGAACCGCGGUGCUUAUUUAUAGCCAUAUGUUGCAGCAUAGAAUGUGGUUUGCCUUAAUUAUCUAAAUUAAUGGACCGUUAGCCUCUGGAGCUAACGCUGCUAGCCGCUUGGAGCUAAUCAGUGUUUUUGACGUUUAAGCUUUUAAAAGUUUAUUUUUUAUUAAGUUUAGUGCAAUCAGACGAGUCCAGACUCCGGGUUUGUGCGAGUAAGACCAUAUCGUCUGCGGAAACCACCUUUGGCCUGGCCCAACCGAGGACUGAGAGACUGGGGACUGUUACACAGAGCUUCUGACCAAGAACAGGUGAAGGUUCCAGUCCAGAGUUGUCAAAAGGAGAAUCCUAGGUGUACAGAAGAUGUCUGAGAUGAUGAAGGUUGAAGCAGAGGUGCCUGGAGGACUCAGUUUGGUGUCCUCCAAACCUGCAGCAUCCUCAUCAGAACUGGAGCAGAAACAAGACAUAAAAGAUUCCAUGUUGCCAGUCCACCAAAUGUUGAUAAUUAAAGAAGAGGUUCCUCAUGGAUGGAGCUGCAGUUUAGACCAGGGGAAUCCAGAGCCCCCCCACAUAAAGAAGGAAGAGGAGGAACUGUGGAUCAGUAAGGAGGAAGACCAGUUUAUGGUUCAGAGUGAAAAAGAAAAAACUGUGUUAUCAGAGCUUCAUCAAAUCAAAACCAAAAACAAUAGUGACACACUUCCAACCAGCAGCUCAGCUGAACAGAAUGGAACAGAACCUGAUGGAGAGGACUGUGGAAACCCAGAUCCAGUGAUGAACCAAGAUCUAUUAUACUCUUUUCAACAAAGCAAAGUGACAGUUAAUAAAAAAGAUAAAAGUUCAAAACUUUCUAACACACUUGGAGGUCAGCAUGAAGGACACACAGCAGAGAAAACAUUUAAUUGUAAUGUUUGUGGGAAAAUGUUCAAAAAUCAGCGUUCUGUUAAAUUACAUAUGAUAACUCAUGCUGCCAAGACGGACCCGAAACAUAUCUGUGAUCUUUGUGGUAAAGGGUUUAGAGUAAAAAAUUGGCUUCAGACACAUAUGAGAUUACAUACUGGAGAGAGACCAUUUGCUUGUGAUGUUUGUUGUAAAAGGUUUCAUAAAAAGCAAUGUCUUAAAAGUCACAUGAGGGUUCACUCAGGAGAGAAACCCUUUUCUUGUGACACUUGUGGCAGAACAUUUAAAGAGAUAAAAAGUCUCAGAAACCACUUGUGGGUUCACGCCACAGAGAGACCAUUUGUUUGUGAUGUAUGUGAAAAAGGGUUUUCACAACAAUCUGAUCUAAAGAUUCAUAUGCGUAUUCACACGGGAGAGAAACCUUUUAUUUGUGGUGUGUGCAGUAAAGGAUUUUCAUGGCAAGAGAGUCUAAAGAAACACAUGCAUGUUCACACUGGAGAGAAACCUUUUAAAUGUAAUAUUUGUGGUAAAGAAUUUUCACAAGCAAGUAAAUUGAAAAAUCACAUGUUUAAUCACUCUGAGGAGAAGCCAUUUACUUGUGAUGUCUGUGGGAAAGGAUUUUCACAACAGAGUACCCUUAAAAUUCAUUUGCUUGUUCAUUCUCAAGAGAAGCUUUUUACUUGUAGCGUUUGUGGUAAAGGAUUUUCUCAACAAAGUCAUGUCAAGCGUCACAUGCAUGUCCACACAGGAGAGAAACAAUUUAUUUGUAGUGUUUGUAGUAAACGGUUUGUAACAAAUGGUGAUCUAAGGAAACAUGCACGUGUUCACACAGGAGAGAAGCCUUUUAGCUGUAGUGUUUGCAAUAAAAGGUUUUCCCAAAACAGUCAUCGACAGAUUCACAUGCGUGUUCACACAGGAGAGAAACCCUUUAUCUGUAAGAUUUGUGGGAAAAGAUUUUCACAACAACAUCAUGCAAAGGGGCACAUGCGUUUUCACACAGUUGAGAAACCAUUCAGUUGUGGUGUUGUAAAAGAUUGUCACAAAGACAUGAUCUAAAGAGAUCUGUUCAAGUUUGUGCUUAAAUGCGUUCAGUGCAGCGCUCAAGCUUCCUCUUUCUGUUACUGUAUAAGAUAACAGGUCAGAUUUUAGACUUUAUCUUGAGUGAGACAUACCUUUGAAUUAUUUCAUCAUGAACUUUAGAAACAAAAAAUAUUUAUGUAUGAAUUUACCGUAUAGUUGGUUUUAAAAGGUAGAUAAUUAAUUGCCAGUCUGCGACCCUGGACAGUUCGCCAGUGUGCAACAGACUGGUGACCUGUUCAGGGUGUACCCCGCCUCUCGCCCAGUGAACGCUGGAAAUAGGCACCAGCAACCCCGCGACCCCAUGAGGGAUUAGGUGGGUUAGAAAAUGGAUGGAUGGAUGGAAGGUAAUUUGAUUUCCUGGUUUAGUCAUCCCAUUGAGUUAAAAGUGGAAGCCUUUAAAUAAGCAAAAUAAAUGUAUUUGAUCGAAGAUGAAAGGAGUUAGAGUGCAGAAUCAACCAUGUCUUGAAAUUCUAAAUAUUAGUUUAUUUUCUGCUAGUUUUUUAUUGUUAGUGGAGUCUCAGCUAAGAUAAUUUUCUGUCCUGGGGCAAGACUAGGACUGGAGGUGGUGUAUCUGUGUGUGUGCGUGCUCGGUGGCUCCUUCAAAUUCCCCUAAUUUUGAUUCAAACUUAUGUGCACGGUCCGUGGCAAGUUACAAAAAUUCAGAGACUGCAUGCUGAGCCUGUGUAUAGUGGCGAGGAGGGUGCGAUUGUAUGGAGUAAUAAAGCUGUUAAACAUAUGUGUGCAUCAUUUUCACAGUUCAUAUUCAUAUUUGUAUGUAAAUAAAAAAUAGUACAAAAAUUCAAAUA